ACGGACGUGGAAUCUCUAAGCGCGCUGGGGAGCGUCACACCAGAUCAUUCCCAUCACUCACUACUCGCGGCCCUAUUUUCUGGAGGCAAUAAAAGGCCAAGAGAAGAGUCGCCUCAUCAGCCACACAACAAAGACAUUCCUUCUUCUUUCUUCGCUCAGCUCCCUACAAGAAAGGGCGAAGAAUCUCUCCCUCCUCCUUGACCUUCUCUUCUCCAUCGAUUCCCUUUGAGGUCAAAAAUGGUUGAACAGACUCAGCAACCGUCGAUUUUCCAGAAGGCUGCUUCUGGCCAGCUCAUGCGUUCUGGCGUUUCUCAGGACAUCCAUGGCUACGCAUCUGGUUUCCAGAGGCGCGCGACGUACGGAAACUACUCCAACGCUGCGUUUCAGUACCCUCUCGCGGCUACUUCCAGGAUUGUGGCGACUACUACUGCUUCUCCUGUGUUCGUGCAAGCUCCAAGUGAGAAAGGAUUCUCUAGCUUCGCUAUUGAUUUCUUGAUGGGUGGUGUUUCCGCUGCUGUGUCUAAGACCGCCGCUGCUCCAAUUGAGCGUGUGAAGCUUUUGAUUCAGAACCAGGAUGAGAUGCUUAAGGCUGGUAGGUUAUCUGAGCCUUACAAGGGUAUUGGUGACUGUUUCGGCAGGACUAUUAAGGAUGAAGGGUUUGGUUCUUUGUGGAGAGGAAACACUGCUAACGUUAUCCGUUACUUCCCCACUCAGGCAUUGAACUUUGCAUUCAAAGAUUACUUCAAGAGGCUUUUCAACUUCAAGAAGGACAGGGAUGGUUACUGGAAGUGGUUUGCUGGUAACUUGGGAUCUGGAGGUGCUGCUGGUGCUUCUUCCCUUCUCUUUGUGUACUCUCUUGACUAUGCACGUACCCGUCUCGCCAAUGACUCCAAGGCAGCCAAGAAAGGAGGUGAAAGGCAGUUCAAUGGUCUUGUUGAUGUCUACAAGAAGACUCUCAAGUCUGAUGGUAUUGCUGGGCUUUACCGUGGAUUCAACAUCUCCUGUGUUGGUAUCAUUGUCUACCGUGGUCUCUACUUUGGUCUGUACGACUCUUUGAAGCCUCUCCUCCCUGCUGACCUCCAGGACAGUUUCUUCGCUUCCUUUGCCCUUGGAUGGCUCAUCACCAACGGUGCUGGUCUUGCAUCUUACCCAAUCGACACAGUCCGUAGAAGAAUGAUGAUGACCUCCGGUGAAGCCGUGAAGUACAAGAGCUCCAUGGAUGCAUUCCAACAGAUCCUGAAGAAGGAAGGACCCAAGUCUCUGUUCAAGGGUGCUGGUGCCAACAUCCUUCGUGCUAUCGCAGGUGCUGGUGUGCUCUCUGGAUACGACAAGCUCCAGUUACUUCUUCUUGGAAAGAAGUACGGAUCUGGAUCCGGUUAAGCAUACUAAUCCACCAAACAGUUAAAAAGCUUCGGCUUUAUUUUUAUUUUUCUCGAUUUAAUUUGCAGUUUUUUCAGACUUUUUUUAAAAAGGUCAAGAUGUUGAUGAAAUCUUUUGCUAUAAAAACUAGAGAGGAGGCAAGGGGAAUUUUUCUUAUUGAAUAAAUUUUGUAUGGGGAUGGAGUUUGACUCUCUCCUUGGAACCAAUUUUCGAUUGUGACUUUUGUUCUAUUAAGUUUAACCGGUUUUUAAUA